UCUCCAGCAGCUUGCCGAUUCGGUAUUUCAGUGCGCAUGUAAUUGCACCGAUAUGGUGAGCGUUUGUGUUGCUUUAGGCAACCCCACACCCUGUCUUUUGCGCCAGGUGGGGUGAAGAACUCACCGGUCCUCGUAUCCAUGUCUUUGCGAAGCAAGGGUAGGCGAGGCUGAGCGGGAGGCUCCGCUUACGCCGUAUGUACAACAACCCUGGGGCUUCACCCUGAACUUCUACCGGAUUCUCAGCGAGCAACAUUCUUGUUUGUCGUCGUCCGCAAUGCCUCUUGUGAAACCUGAACUUCCGCCCAGGCCAUCCUCAACCGCAGCCGAGCAGAAAGGGCGGUCUCCAGUCUUCGCGCCCUGCCCUCGUUCAGCGUUUGCAACAGGGGAUUCAGAUUGGUACAACAUCGCCACACCAAGGUCCUUUCAGGGCGUCGACAUCUGUCCAAGCUGUUACGAUGCGACGUUUCGCGACACACCGUACGCGGGAUGUCUUACUAAAGCUCCGCCCAUGCACAAAGACACGGUAAAAAGAUGCGACCUCUCUGACCGCUGGAACCGCGCAGCAACGUUCUGGCUCUUCUUGCAAGGUGCGCCGGACCUCAAUCUGCUAGGCACUGUAGCUGCACUGCCGCCAGACGAAGAUGGGCACUGUCCGAACGUCAACAUGCAAUAUCCAGAACCGCAACAAGAAGACAGGCCAACUGCGACGCGGACCUGGUACUGUCUUCUUGACCCAACAACCGGCUCUCUCAUCGAAGACCUCACAGUCUGCUCAGCUUGCGUCGCACGCGCGAAUGCGAUAUUCCCUUCCAUGCGCGGCAUCUUCAGAUCAGUUGCGGAUGGCCACAAAGUCCAAGCGACAUGCGACCUACUCACAGUCAACAAGGACGGAAACCGAGGCGGGAAAUAUUUCGACAAGAUGGUGGAAGUAGCGCAGCAAUCACUCCAAACCGGGACCCUCGACACGCGUCCUUUGACCGACUACAUCAAGAAAUGGGCGCCUGUUCCUGUCUGUAUGCAAGCCGACCCUGCCUUACCCGGCACCAAGAGCUGGACGUUCCCGACCUCGAUCCCCCACUACGCCAUCUGCGAAGAGUGUUACACGUAUCAUAUCGUCCCGCUGCUGGAAUCCUCCCACCCACCGACCAUCCUCAAAGAACUGAGACCAGCCGUCUGGCCGAGUGGUUUCGUGUGCGAUCUCUAUUCGCCCCGGCUCAUACAGUGGUUCAAAGACGCAUGUGCGAGCGGAGACCUCGCGACGUACAAACAAAGGAUCAUGGCAAGAGAGGCCCAAGCCCAGGAGUACAAACUCAAGCUCGACCAAUUACGCAUCCAGCACCGGCAACACGAGCAACAGGCACGCUUGUUCAGUAUGCAGCAGCACAUGGCGCGGAGCCAGGAGACGGUUCGCGCGAUGCAGUGGAAUUCAAGUGCAUACUAUGCGCCGCCGCUCGAUUUCAGUCGCUCCACCGAGGCGAUGAACCAGAGUCAUCAGGCUAUGCUGCAGGCGGAGAUGGUGGAAGAGAACAUGAAUAUGCUUCGGAAAGAGUGGGUUGAGUUGUACGAGUGAGGCACUGAUUCCUCGCCUGCGAUCGAGAGCGCUACUGUAGAAGAUUAGGUCGGAGUCUCAACGCGUCGCGUCUCACGAGGCCGCCGUCGAUCACCGUGUCGAGAUGUGAGUGCAGUGCGAGCAUAUCUUGGUACUUGGGUUAUGGACUAUCGAUUCUGGCUCCGCGUCAGAAGAUAGUACACCCAUUCGCGAAGCUUUAUACCCAUUGAACGAAGUCAUGCCGCGGUCGGUACCAUUGCCCCAUGU